AUGAAAUGCAAAUCGCCAAAUCUGAAAAUUCACCAAGCUUUAAUCUACCGCCUUCAAAAAGAGUAUGUCGACAAUGCAGUGACGAUAGCCCCCUUGAUGGGUGGACAAAAUCUAUCAUUGCACAAGGUCACCAGGAUUGGUGCUGACAAUUCGUAA